AUGCAAGUGAGUAGUCCAGAAUAUGAUUCAUGCACAGUUAGAGAUCCAAUUGAAACAUUCACCACAGGCAAAGACUCAAUUACUCUUCCAGCCUCUGGUGAUUACUACUACCUUUGUGGGAAACCUGGCCAUUGCCAAAUUGGGCAAACAGUUCAUAUACAUGUUGUUGCUUCUCCACCACCAACUUCUCAAGGAAGUGUUAUUAAUCCAUCUAGAACAAGUGUUGCAUCACCCCUUACCUUUGUGUGGUUCUCCAUCAUGGGCAUGUUUGGAUUCUGCUUCUUCUUGGCUUUUUAG